AUGGACGCUGCAUCUCUCUUCGACGUCAAAGGCAAGAUUGUGUUAGUGACGGGCGGUGCCAAAGGGAUUGGCCGCAUGAUAUCUGAAGGAUAUGUUGUUAAUGGUGCAACAGUAUAUAUCACAGCUCGAGAUAUCAAGACUUGCGAAGACGUGUGCCAGGAGUUGAACGCACUUGGGAAAGGCAAAGCAUACGCAAUCAAGGCCGACCUAUACAAGGAAGAAGAUUGCAAGAAACUUGCGGAGGAAUUUGGAAAACGGGAAUCCAAGCUCAACAUCCUUGUCAACAACGCUGGCUCCAACUGGGGUGCUCCAUACGAUGAAUACCCAUCCUCUGCAUGGACUCGGGUCCUUACAUUAAACCUUCACCGUGUUUUCAAUGUCACACAACUUUUCACUCCUUUCCUUGAAAAAGGUGGGGGUGAAUUGGACCCGGCAAGAAUAAUAAACAUUGGAAGUAUCGAGGGAUUGCGAGUUCCCGCAUUGGAAACAUAUGCAUACAGCGCGAGUAAAGCUGGCCUCCACCACCUUAGCAGAGUUUUAGCAAAUCAUUUGGGAAGGAGAAAUAUCACAUCAAACACUCUUGCAUGCGGUCCCUUCCAGAGCAAGAUGAUGAGGGCAACCCUAGAGAAAUUCCAAGAGACGAUUGAAGCCGGAAUUCCACUUGGCCGUAUUGGUACGCCUCAGGAUGUUGCUGGGGCCUGUCUGUUUUUGAGCAGCCGUGCUGGAGCAUAUAUCAACGGCUCUACCAUCACAGUAGAUGGCGGAAGCGUGAUUGGAGCGAGGCUCUAA